GAAAUUAAAAAAUGAAAUUGACAUAUUGAAAGAAAAACAAGAAAAAGAAGUUAGUGUAUUGAGAGAAAAGCAAGAAAAAGAAGUUAGUGUAUUGAGAGAAAGGCAAGAAGUAUUGAGAGAAAAGCAAAAUGGUUUAAGAAAUAAAUUCAUAGCUAUUCUGGAAGGAUUGCGAGAUGUAAAUCAUGUCUACAAUACUAAUUGGGGUGCAAUUUUAAAUAAAGACCAGAUCGUAAUUCCUAAGAUAGAAAAGAGAACUUAG